UGACGUUUAAAAUAACAAGAAAAUUCGUCCUAAAUAAUUUGUUGUCCUAACAUUAAACUAAUUAAUUUUAAGAAAAGGAUUGGGCAGUAAAACAUAAAAUGAGUAAAUCAGAAGAUAAGACGCCUGAAGUUAGCGAAUCAAAUGGUGAUAUAAAUAAGGAGAAACCAAGAAAAAACUGGGUACAAUUUGACGACGAGACUCCGCAAACAAGCAACUUAAAUUCUGAUACAAAAUUGGGUGACCCUGUUAAAAAUGCGGGUCCAUCAGUGCCUUCGAACGCAACAGUUCCAGCGGUCCUUAAAGCGGAAACUGUUCAUGUAAACAUAGAUCGUGGGGAUAAAAAUAAUGAAUCUAUGUCGCAGAGUUCUGUGAUGAAAAAUGUUGAAUAUAGAAACGUUAGGCAUGGUUUCAGCAAUGGUGAUAUUAUUGUAACUCUGUUACCUACAAACACUAAAUGGCCUUGGGUAACGGCAGCAAGAUUUCGUCCAGAACUUGUGCCUGAAGAACUGAUGGCUCAAGGUUUGACUCUGACAGUUGAGGAAUAUGUCCAUGCUAUGGAGCUACUUGUAAAUGAUGCCCGGUUUACGCUCUACAAUGUUUGCUACAAGAGAGUAUUAGUUUGUUGGAUAACAAUAGCAUUUCUUGUGCUGCUCACACUUUUGUUCUCAGGCCUGGAAGGGCUCACACUCUUUUCUUUGGGAGUAUUGUGGCUUAUACUUAAUGCUAUGGCCAUCUUUCUCUGCAUGUGGAUUAAAUUAAGACUCUCCAAAGGAUUGGAGCAGUGCUUAGCAAGUGUCAAUAAACUAAUGAAUAAACACAAAUUACUCCUUGCUUUAGAUGACAGGGGUAAAUUAUCAUGCCACAAAGUUAACCUUUGUUUCAUUUAUUUUGACUCUGCACCAUGUAUUGCUCAUUUGCAACAAUUCAUUGAAAGUGAAGAGGGAAAAACAAUAAUGCAGGGUUGGGAACAAAGAUUGGAUGUAUCAGCUAAUGAUAUUGUUAUCCAGGGCAGCCAGUCGACACGAUUGUCUAGAAAACAGGAAAGGUGUGCUCUUCUAUAUUUACGUUACGCCGGCCGUUGGGGAGCGUACGCCGUAAAAAAAAGAUUAAAUCUCAGUAGCGCCGUUCCUGGACGCCACGGUGAAAAAUUUGUCUGUCCUUGUCAAUUUAUAGAAGAGCACCUGAAGACUAAACCGCCGGCAGGAAUAGCGAAGUUUUUCACUUUACCGUCUCAAAGUAUUCAAUUAUACUAAAGGCUGCGUCCUAUAUGCCCAGCAGCGUUAUUCCUGCUUUUGCUGCUCUUGUGGUUGGGCGAAAAUUUUCACCCUUUUGCAACCGCGUACACGGUUUGAAAGCCUUGGUUUUUACUUAAAAGAAGAGUUAUACUUAAUUAAAGUUAUAAAUAAUAAAUCCGUCCAUUAAGAAAUUGCGAUUCUUCCGUUUAUACAUACUUUUAAUAUAAUAUACUUUUACCAUUUUUAAUCUUGCUUUAUGCCUAUGUGAUUGGCGGUGUAAAAUUUUAUUUCCAUGAAAUAAGUCUGAGUUUUGCAGUUUGAAGAUGGCGAUGUCAUCUGCGAUACUGAUUCAAAUAUUGUACUUAUUUAAUUAUUUUCUAUUGUUCAGUAAUGCACAACGCACAAUAUAUUUUAACUUUCCGUUUAUAUUGAUAUUUAAUAAAAUAUGAAAUAUUUUAGUCAUUGAUAAAUAGUUUGCGUACUUAAGCAAUCAUUGGGACCAAUUGGUUGAAAUGAGUUUAUAUUUUGUUAAAUUAUUUAUUCAUUUUUUAUUUUAUUAAUUUAAUUGUAGUUUCGUAAGGUGUAAAUGUCAAAGGGGCCAUAUGCAACUUUAGUAUUAUUUACUACAGUCAUAUCUAAAAUGAUAUUAUGUUGUAUCCUACUAUCAGAGGUUAUACAAUAUAUUAUAUACGAUUAGAUUUGUUAGUUAUAUGUACAUUUAUCAGAUAUAAGAAUUAUUUUGACCAUAAUAGAUAUACGUGUAUGUAUAAUUUUGAAACACACACACAACACACACAACAGCACAACUAAAAGUUCGCGUGCAGACUGACAGUUUCAGCUGAAAUUGUAAAUAUCAAUAGUUGCCACUUAUUAUUUAUCACACAGGAAUAAAUGCACCUUCGUAUGUAUUUUAAAUUUUAUGAAUUAUGGUUCAAAUCCAUGAGAUAAAAGCGCACUAAAGGACAUUCCAAAAUUCUUUAUCGUUAAGUCAGUCUGCAUGCUGCCUUAAAAUAAAUGGAAAUUAUCAUCAAAAUCUUAAGUUAAGCAGAUCACAUAUACUUAUUUAAGUAUAUUAUUUAUAUUAGGCAUGUUAAACAGAUUUUAUGUGGCUGGUCGAAUUUAUUGUGUUCAAAGUCAGUAUUAAUCUUAGCGUUUCUAUUGGUACAUAUAUUUUUUUUAUCAAAGUUUUGCUGUUUCAACAAAUUUUAUUUAAAAGUAAUUAUUUAACAAAAUAUCAUGGUGUAGCUGCUAAGCACAGAAAAUGUACAUACAUUUUAUUUUAAGGCCACCAAUAAUUAUUCAAAUUGUAAUACUUAAUUAUUUACAAUAGAUAUCUGGGCUAAUAAUUUAACAUUUUCACAACAUAUCAGAUUUUAGAAUGUGCCGUAAAGUUAAGAAUUUAAUAUAAAUGCAAGCCAAAGCUCAAUAAUUGAUCGGAAAACUUAUAAAAAUAUUUUCCUAAAAAUUUAAUUGUUACCUAGUUACCUUAGUAUAUUUUAUGUUAAUCAAACUUAAGCAUUGUGUAUCCAAUACUAAGAUUUAACACACACACACACACACACAAAUAUAUUGAAUUUUCAUCUACUUAUAAUUUUAAUUUAAGUGGUAAUGAUUUAUAGUUUAUAUAACAUAUCAUCAACUUAAUGAGGUUACUAAUAAGGCAAAAUAAAUAUGAAUGGGUGUCAAUACAUAUUAUAUCGUAUAUAGAUAAUAUGUAGCAGUAUAUCUAAGUAUAAUUAGACAGUUAUUUAUUGCUACAUAUACAAUCACAAUCCCGUAUCCGAAACGCCUCUAUUCCGAGAACGUGAUCGAGAUUUUGGGCAGCAGUAUUUAUGUUAGUCUAUAUUUUUGAUAAUAAUUUAGCCUUGUUAGGUUAGUAUCAUAAAGUUAUAGGAUAACUUAAAAAUAUAUAAAUCAUUCUCAAACGGUUUAAAAGAAACAUGGGUUGUAAACAUUAUUGUUAAUAUAAAUUAUAACUAAUUAAAAUAUUAUAACAUUUGUUAAACAUCAUAAAAUGUUGUCUCCCCGGAAAGUACUUAGGUCCUAACUGGUAUUCAUAAAAUGCUAUACAACAAUGUUUUUAUGUAUGAAGGUGCAUUGCAAACAACUAAAUUCUAAUAAAAUCCUAUGAUAAUCUGAAAUAUAUUAGUAAAGUGAAAGUGUUGUUUUAUAACAUUUUAUAAGUGCGGUUUAAUAGCACCUUUUGUAACGUAGUAGGUAUCAAAAAGAAGAAAGCUAUCUUAUUUACCUUUCCUACUUUUCACUUGGAUACCUCUGUUAAAUUUAAGAUUGUGACGAUGUUUAUCUGCUCAACUCAUUUUACUAUCUACUUGGUUAGUCUCGAGUUCUGAAGGUCUGUGGCUUUUUUGAGCAGGUUUAAUAUUUGUGGCGUGUAUUACGCUCUGAGCAGUGUGUGUAUGUAUAAAACAGCUGACAACGCUGUUUUUUUUUAAAUACCUACCGAACCACAGACAAGUCUUAAUAUUAUUCAUUAUUGAUUAUACUGAUUACGCAAGGGGUAGCUAAACGUUGUGAUUACAUGUAAAACAUUCCGUCCUUUACUCAAAGUAUUUAUACAUUUAUAUACCA